AUGUUGCGCUUCAGACCCUCGGUCAGGUUUUUUUGCUCCAGGAGUUUGGAGAUAAAAAAAUCAGUGUUCAUAUCACAAUCCCAGGACAUCUUUACAAACCUGGCUUUAGAAGACUGGCUCUACCGGAACUACGACUUAUCAAAGAACCACGUGUUGUUACUCUGGAAGAGCAACCCUUGCGUGGUAAUAGGGCGCCACCAGAACCCCUGGAUGGAAGCUAACGUCCAGACUCUUGAAGAGAAGAACAUCAACCUGGUCAGGAGGAACAGCGGGGGUGGAACUGUCUUCCACGACCACGGGAACCUUAAUCUCUCCUUCUUGACCACCAGGGAGAAGUACAACAGGAGGUACAACCUGGAGAUCAUCACCAGGGCUCUCUACAGACACUGGGGCAUCCAGAGUCACAUUAAUAAGCGGGAAGAUAUUGUGGUUCAGGGAGACUAUAAGAUCUCUGGCACUGCUGCUAAGCUGGGACGGCCUAAUGCUUAUCACCACUGCACUCUGCUGAUCAGUUCUGAUAAGAAGAUACUUAAGGUGGCGCUGGAGAAGAAGGAGAUGGGCAUUGUGACCAAUGCUACGGAGUCUACAAGGUCGCAGGUUAAGAAUUUGAAGGAGAUUAAUUCGAGGGUGAGCUUUGAUGAACUGGUCAAUGCGGUGGGAUGGGAGUUUCUUAGGACUGAUCCUCUGGUGGUUAAAGAUGGCGGGGAAAGCCUGGUGGCCAAGCAGAAGGGCUUUCAGAUGGUUAAUCCUACUGAGGAUUGGUUUCCAGGUCUGAACAAAUUAAUAUCCGAAUUCCGUUCCUGGGAUUGGAUUUACGGAAAAACCCCCAGCUUCACAGUAAACCGCCUCCUAAAACUCCCCUGCUCCGGAAAUUCAUCAUCAGACCUGGUAAAUCUGACCCUAACAGUAGAAAAAGGAAUAAUAGAAGACAUAAAGAUGUCCUUACCGUCAGACUUGACCAGCUCGGCAAGCAGCGAGGCGAGUGUUAUCAGCAAUUUACGUGGGACCCGGUAUCAUCACAAAGUUAUCGAUAAAAUAAUAGCAGCACUUGGGUGCAUCGCCAUCGUCCCUUCUCAGUGUGAGCAAAUAGAUAAUAUCGCAUUGCAAUAA